UCUAUUCUUUUACACCCAACAAACUGUCAAACAAAAACCAUCAUCCCAACUCUUAAACUUACAAAGCCAAGUCUUGUUUCCACAUUUCUACUCUCUCUCUCUGUAUACAACACAACAAAAGAAAAAAACCCUACUUUCUUCCUUUCUUUGCUUUGCUUUGAUUUGCUUUCAGUCUUCCUUUGGCUUUUCUCACUUACCUAUCUUUGCUUUCUUGAUUUUGGAUUAUUGUUGUUAGAUUAUCCAAAAAGAAGGAAAGAUGAUUCAAGAGCUAUUGGGAGGAGUUUCUGGUGUACUUGGUGGAGAAAGAAAAGUUCCCAUUAACUGUGGAAUUAGGGUUUUAGAAGGAUCACUAGCUUAUUCUCCUCAUCCUUCUAAUACUACCAACACUAAUAUUAUUACUAAUUCUGCUACUACUACUACUGCAAGUAACAAUACCGCAACUAACACAAAUACGAGUACUACCACCACUACUACAACUUCUUCAGAUCAACAAAAUUUGAGGUGCCCUAGAUGUGAUUCUGCAAAUACUAAGUUUUGUUACUACAACAACUAUAAUCUUACUCAACCUCGUCAUUUCUGUAAGACGUGCCGGCGUUACUGGACGAAAGGCGGUGCUCUUCGGAACGUCCCAAUCGGCGGUGGUUGUCGUAAAAACAAGGGUUCUAUUGUGUCAUCCAAUUCCGUAAAAACAAAUAGCAACGGGAAGAUCAGAACGGCGUCACCGGAUAUCGUUAAGUCGAGCCUUGGUUUUGGGUAUGAUCAUGAGCUAACACCUUCUUCUCAUAAUCAAAUUAUUUGGCCUUCACAACAACCACAGUCAUCUCAACUGUUGGCUUUGCUGAGAGCUAAUACCCCAAACCCUAACCCAAAUAGAAACCCUAAUUCUAUCAAGGAGGAAGGAAAUAUGAUUGGAUCGCAUAUGAUGUCGGAUUCAGCUGUAACGUCGAUGGGUUCACUAAACGGACGGUCGUUGAGUUUAGAUCCGAUGGCAAAUAGUGCUCCUUUUAGUUUGUGCAGUUCGUUCUGGAGAAACAAUAACCAACAGCAAGCACAGCAGCAGCAGCAACAGCAACAACAAGGUUUCUUGGCAGGUGAAGUUCAAAACACAGGUAUUCAAGAGCUUUAUCAAAGGCUUAGAUCUUCAGCAAAUUAUUACUCAUCCAAUAAUUCAUCAGCAUCGGUACUAAACAGCGUAGCUGCUACAGCAUCCACCAAUUCAUCGUCCAUGUUCGAACCAGCGGCUACUGUAAUUGCAGGGGGAGAAUUGAGUUACAGCUGGAAUAAUCCGUCCUUUAAUUGGUCCAACUUAUCCACAACCAAUGGUGCAUUUCCUUGAGUUAUAAAUCUCCCUCUCUCUCUCUAAUAUCUAUCUAGAUAUCUUUUAAGUUUUUAAUGGUUGUUUUUAGUUAAUGGCUAUUUGGGGUGUGGCAUAUGGAUAUGUUUUAGUGUUAGUUGUUUAGUUUUAAUGGUUAUCUUGGGUGUGGUAUAUGGAUGUCUGUAGUAUGAGUUGUCUCGUCUUUUUUUUCUUUCCGUUUUUCUUUUUUUUUUCUUGGGUUUUUGAUCUAGCUAGUUUUUUUUUUCUUUUUUGUUUAAAUGGUGUGUUAGCUUGUAAUCAAGAGGUUGUAUCAAGGACUAAUCAAUGGAAAGGAAAUAGAAAAAUGGGGAUUUGGGUAUACUUCUGAUCCAGAACUCGUUCUUGUGUGC